AUGUCCAAAGACAUAGGAAUUGAUGUUGCGCUCAUGUCUUUUAUGCAAACUGUAUCAAGUAUCUCUCCCAACAUCAUGUCUUCUAUUCCAACGCUGAAUGUCUCUAACUUUUGGGAAUGGACAGAUUGCUUGAUGAUAGCUCUUGACUUAAUGGGCCACGACCUUCCAUUCAUAGAGGAUCGUCCAACGAUUUCAAAUUCAAGUACUAAUCAUGAUCGCAGUAAACUUGAACGUUGGGAGACCUCUAACCGCAUGUGUCUUAUGUUGAUCAAGCAUUAUAUUCCAUCAGUCUUCAGGGGCAUUGUGCCCGAUGAGGUGGUGUUGGCUAAAGAUUACCUCGUUGCUUUGGAGAAGAGCUUUGCCAAGAAUGGCAAAGCUGAAACGAUUACGUUUCUAGCGGAUCUGGCCUCCAUGAGUUGUUGGGGUCGAAAACGGUUACGACAAAGUUAA